CCCAGCAGAACCCGGCCCCCGCCCUCCCCGCGCGGCAGCUGGAGGUGGCAUUGAACCGGCAGCAGAGGUACUUCAGGAUCCCCUUCAUCCGCCCGGGGGACGCCUACUCAGACCCCCAGAACACCAAGAAGGGCUGGUGGUACGCUCACUUCGACGGGCCGUGGAUCGCCAGGCAGAUGGAGCUGCACCCCGACAAACACCCCGUCGUCCUGGUGGCAGGUAAAGACGACAUGGAGAUGUGCGAGUUGAGUCUGGAGGAGACCGGCCUCUCCAGGAAGCGAGGCGCAGAGAUCCUGCCCCGGCAGUUUGAGGAGAUUUGGGAGCGCUGUGGGGGGGUGACGUACCUCCGCAGCGCCAUCGAGAGCCGGCAGGCCAGACCCACGUACGCCACCGCCAUGAUGCAGAGCAUGUUCAAAUAAUGAAGGAACACAAAGGGACGAAUGCACCAGCUACCUAACACGGGGGGGGGGGUUUCUUUGUGUUCUGUUCCUAACAAGGGAAGCUUUGCAUUGAAGCCUAUGCAGAAACAUCCCAUUAAUCAUCACCUCUGAUAGUCUGAUGUCCAGCUUUAGUGAACCUGGAGAUGAAUACCCGACGCUUUAAUAGAAAGGUAGAGUAGAAACGUCCGGAUGCUAACCUGCACACGUUGGGACAUUUAGACGAUUGGGAUACGCUGCGUUAGUUGGAGUUAAUUAGAGUUAAUUAGAGUUUAAAGCCCAUGAGCUAUCCAGCUUGAGUGAACCUGGGACUGUUGUAAGAAAUGUAGAGUAAGGAUCCCCUGCGCAUAGGAACUACUGGAUGCUAACACUUAGAUAUGUUGCGUUAAUUAGCAUGAAUAGCCCAUGCAGACGGUAAGGGGCAGUUUUGAAGCGGUCGUGGGGUUUAUUGAGAAUGCAAACAAAGGGACGAAUGCACCAGCUACCUAACACGUGUUUCUUUUCUUUGUGCUGGUGUUCUGUUCCUAGAAAGCUUCGCGUUGAACCCUAUGCAGACACAUCCCAUUAGUCAUCACCUCUUGCCAGCUUUAGUGAACUUGGAAGUGUUAUGUUAGAAAUGUAGAGUAAGGGUCCCCAGCUAGCUAACACAGGAGGGGUUGUUUCUUUUCUUUGUGUUCCUAACAAGGGAAGCUCUGCGUUGAACCCUAUGCAGACACAUCCCAUUGAUCAUCACCUCUGAGAGUCUGAGGUCCAGCUUUAGUGAACCUGGGAGUCUUGUUUUUAGAGUAAGGGUCCCCAGAACAUAGAAACUGCCGGAUGCUAACCUGCUUAUGUUGGGACAUGUACACAAUUAGGCUCUAACGCUAAUGAAUGCUAAUUAGAGCAACUUAUCCUAUGUGGACGAUAAUGUCUAAAGCGGUUUUGGGCGUUAUUGAGGACGCUGAAUCCAUUUCUGAAAUGUUCAGGGUGAUGGCACUUUUAACGAGGAGGUGGCCACACUUGUACUCUGAUUUCGACCACCAUGAGAAGCGCUUCGAUCAUUGGAUACAGAGAGCACAAGAUCUCUACUGUGGACAACUUUUACUAUUAAAUACGCAACCUGUCCAACCCAGAUGACCCAGUCCCCUAGAUCAUCAUAAUCCACAGAGUGACGAUAUGUCCACUUUCUGAUUAAGAGUGCUUGUUGAUUAGAGAUGCAUUCGGCUUCCUCAAUAACCUCCAAAACCACUCAAAUCUGAACUAUUGCCAACACAAGCUACGCUAUAAUGCUAAUGAAUGCAGCUUGUGCUAAUUGCCCAUUAUGCAGGUUAGCUUCCAGUAGUUUGGGACCCUUACUCUACAUUUCCAUCAUGAAGCAUGUCCUGGUUCUCUUUAGGGAGCUGCUAAUCGGACCCUCUGGUUGUUUCCCUGUAACAUUUCUCUAAGUCUAACGACGAGGCCUUACUUCUCUAACGGGGUUCAAACGCCACAUGUACACAACUCUUUUUGUUUUACAAGCUGCCUCCCCAAACCCAGAUGUGAUGAUGCAUUCCUGAUGGUGUGUCUCUUCCAUAUUAACCGUAAACUGUGUACAUCGUCUCCGUGGUUCCUUCAGGGCGGGGAACACUUGCACAAGGAGCCUCUGUUCUUUAUCGUUUUGUCUUUCCAAGCGAAUGUAACUGGAGACCUGGUUGAUUUGUUCCUGUAGUGAUUCCUCUUCUCACUGUGUGUGAUUUCAUGUGUAAUGAGGUCCAAGAAACAUCUGACUUUGACGUCGGACCCUCCAUGGGUUUCUGUUUUUGGCCUGAGCGUUAAUUCAGCUCUGAUUAUUUGUGUUUAUUAAGUGAAUGAUUAUGCAACCCCUCUGCAGAAAGAAGUCCUUCAAACCAUCGUUAAGUCUUUUCUACUCGAGGACAAAUAAUCCAAUCAUUCCACUGAGUUGCUUAAAAGUAUAAUUUGAUUCCUAAAAUGUUAAGAAAUGAUUGAAUCUCACGUCAGAUUUGGACGUUUUGAGAAGAUAGCGGUGAAGCGCUGGUGCUCAGACGCUAACUGGAAAGUACAGUUUCUUACAGCGGGUGCAGAAGUGUGUGCAGGCAACUGGAAAGUGUGUACUUCACCAGAAGCAAAACAUCUAGCUAACUAAGCAGACGGGGAAACAGAAAGCCUCGUGUGACGGGAACAUUGUCAAAUAAAGAGACAAUCUGCUGCUGUGAGGCUGCACCUUCGUUCACCUGAGGUUGUUCCUCUGGAUGAUCUGAAAGCAUGAACAUCUGUCUUGUUGCAAAGAAGCUGAUCCCCCUUUUUUACAAAUGGCAUUAACGUGCGGGAAAGCCGUGAACAAAAGCACCAAAGAUCCUCGGAGACAUGUCCCGGUUCAGAUGAGCCGUUACCUUUUGAAAAGACUCCAGGGACUUUAGAAACGAGGCGUAAACAAACGUCUACAAUUCCCCCUGUUUAUUCUCAUUUAACUUCCUUUUCCUCGUCUCAUUUCUUCCUCUAUUCUGCAAUCCGUAAAGUCCAAUUCAUGCAUUACAGAAAGUGAAAAAACACUUCCAGUUGAAUCAGUUCAGGUUGAAACUGAGUUACAUCAGCAAGGACUGCAAUUAGCAUGUUAAAGCUAGUUAGAGAGCAGAACUGAGGACCAGCGAGACACAGGGUUAAAUGCAUGAAGACAAACCUUUCCUUCCUGCUUCGAAGCACGUUAAUGCCGGGUGUAAACGGGCGACUUUUCCGCCCUGAAACACUCCCUGAAAACCUGCUCCACACAUCACAAUCAUUCCUGGGGAAGCACUGCCUUUGUCCACUGUCACUUUUCUAACGUUGAUCUCUAACAGAAGAAUAAAAGCAUUCCAUGUUUCACCAAA